AUGCCGCCGCUUACCCACGAAAUCGUCCACUUUGGCUCCUUUGUCGUGACCAGCCAGGUCUUCCACGUAACGCGCCUGUCGUUUGCCAUAGUCAACCUCAAGCCCCUCCUGCCCGGCCAUGUGCUCGUGUCGCCGCGCCGUGUGGUGCCCCGCUUCAACGACCUGUCGACGGCCGAGGUGCACGACCUGUUUGCAACGGUCCAGCGCGUCUCGCGCAUGGUAGAGCGUGUCUUCGACGCCUCGUCGCUCAACAUUGCCAUCCAGGACGGAGUCGACGCCGGGCAGAGCGUGCCCCACGUGCACGCGCACAUCAUCCCCCGCCACAAGGACGACCUGCACGACAGAGGCGGCACCGACGCCAUCUACGGCAUGCUCGAGAGCGACGACGCCGACCUGGGCAGGCAGCUGGCGGACAACGAGGCAGCCUCACUCGCGCCGGACCAAAAGCGCGGCCGCUUCCCCGCCGUCGACAACGACAGCCGCCGGCCCAGAAGCGACGACGAGAUGCGCAACGAGGCUGAAUGGCUGGCCAAGGAAAUGGCCAGCGACGGGCCGACUGCUGCUUGAAACGUGUGUAGCCUUAUCAGCUUGACAGCGCCGCACAUGGCCUGCGCGCCGCCGCCUCCAAGACUGCGCGGCCAUGCGCUGCGCUGCGCUGUGCUGUGCUGUGCUGCACUGCCACUAUACACACGUCGACACCAGAGUAAGAGUCAAAGAGGGCGCUGGGUGCAUGCUGCGCUGGUGCUGUGCUGGUGCUGUCGGACAGAGACACUCGAUUGGCCGGCGUCAGCCUUGGCCAAACCUUGAUGCAACC